AUGUUCAGCAGUAGCAAGAUCGCCGCCGUGUGCCUCGCCGUCGUGGCGCUAACCAACAGCGCGUAUGCUGAGAAGGAGGCCGCCCAGACGUUCGGACUGCUUGGCGCUGUUCUGCACGGUGCGUUGGUGCUGGUCUGUACGGUCGAGGUGCCGGCUAUGGUGGCGCUGGUGCUGGGCUGUACGCCGGAUAUGGUGGCGCUGGUGCUGUGCUGUACGGUCGAGGUGCUGGUGGCGUUGGUGCUGGGCUGUACGGUCGAGGCGCCGGAUAUGGUGGUGCUGGUGCUGGGCUGUUUGGUCGGGAAGCCGGCUACGGAGGCGCUGGUGCUGGGGAUCGGAGCUGGCGUUGGCGGCGCGGGCCUCGGUAACGGAUACGGCGGUGUUGGUGUCGGAGGAACUACGGGUGUCGGUGCUGUGCCGUGUCGGAGUGGUGUGAGUGUAACGUCGUGCUGGCGUGGGCGUGGGCGAACUAGCACAUCUACGUCGCAGAACGGCGGGGCCAAGGCAACUGCAACUACCACGACUGCAGGCACGACCACCGGCACCGCCGGCACGGGUGCUUCGACGAAGCAGACAGGUUAUCGCAUGCUGCGAUCGCAGUGA